CGCCCCUGCGCGCGCUACGCUCCCAGCAAAAUGGAAAGCGAGCCAGAGAAUAGUGACAACAGUGCUCUCGAGGAGGACAGAAGUGGACUGGAAACGAGGAAAGGACUAAGUUUAGUCUCAAAUGUUAGCCAGAGGGUGAAGCGAGAAGAGUCCAGCGGAGUUGAAUCUUCAAGUGAAGAAGAUGAAGAUGAAGAAGAGGAAGAGGAGGAGUCAUCUAGCUAUGACGAGGAGGAGUGCGCCAGACGAAGAAGUGAAUGUGCUAGAGCUAUGGCAGAGCUUGAGAAGCAGUUUAUUCGUCUCAGAGAACAGCUGUGCGAAGAAAGGUUGCUACAAGUUGAACAGCGACUGGAAGAAGUAGGAAACGCCGAUGAAUACUUGAAGCCACUAAGUGAGCUUGAAGACUUAAGUCAAAAACGUGAUGAAGUUGCUGACAUUUACAAGCAGUUUAGGAUAUCAGAUGUGGACCACAAAUUUGAAUCAGAAGGAAAUGCUGCUAAGCAGACAUAUCAGUCAGAGUGUAACUGGUUAUAUGAUAACAUGCUGAUGGAACUAGAGGAGAAAGUAAGAAACUUGGAAGAAGAGAGAGGAAUGAAGCAGUAUAGAUCAGACUCUGGGAAGCGACAUCGACAAGGAGGUCUAGAUGCUUGUUCUGAAAGAAAGAGAAAGACUGUUACAGUGUCUGAUAUCCAGUCAUGGGUGUACCUUAUUUUUGAUGUUGUAUCAGAAUUGCUGUCUAAAUUUUCUUGACAGUGUGCAUGUCCGUUUAUUGUUUACAUGUUGAAAGACACCGACAUUUUGGAAGAUUGGACAGCAAUUAAAAAGGCACAAUAUUUUGCCCAGAGAAAGACAGAACUUGUCUCAGGGCAUUAUGAACCACCAUGGCAAUCUGUCUAUGCGGCAAGGUUUGAGGAUGGCAAGUUAUUCUAUGAAGGCACAUGGUACUUACAAGGAAUGGAGGUAUGGAUGAAUGGCAGAGAUUCUUACAGAGCUACUAUCAUCAGUGUCAACACAGCGGAAGUCAUAGUCCAGAGACCUAACGGUGGGAAAUCACGAGUUUACAUCUCGCAGCUGCAGUCUGGAGAGCAGAGAAUUCGUUUGAACAAGGAACAAUUGCACUAAAAGUUUACAACUCAGUAUACCAUGCAGCAGUAACAACAGCAGCAUAUCUAGACAACUUGCAAACUGACAAACAGUACAACGUAAUAUAAAAACAUAGGAAAGCAGUUCCUAAGUUGUUCAUACACCGCCAUGUACCGCGGGCAGUUACUAGAGAUAUGACG